AUGGCGUCGCCGUCGUCAGCCGGUUACUCGCCCGCAGGCAAUGGAAGCGACGAACUCCAGGAACUCCAGGAACACGAGGAACAGCAUGUAGCGCCACCGCAGCGGCAAGGGGAGGAUGGUCAACCCCAAAAGAGCAAGGAAAAGAAGAAAGUCGGCUUUGCAAACGAGUCGCACUCGCAGCCGGGCGAUACCCUAUCAGCGCCCCCUCAAGUCACGCCAGGAGACAGCCAGCUCGAGGGCUUGGACUACUUCUCCAUGUCCCCGGGCCGCGAUAGGUCUAGUGGUUCGACGCCCUUGGAGUCGGAAGGCCCCGCAAAGCGCGAGUCUUUUAACCGGGCCGAGAUCACUGCUGCCCUGGAGAGGAUUCUGCACCCUCAUCGCUCUGGCAGCCCAGUGCCGCCAAGCAAGCCGCGUCCCGUACUACGCAAGCCGGCCGCCGUCGACAGUCCAACAGACCAAAUCUCUGCGUCGAAUCCGUCCGAAGUAGAGGCCAAGAACCGUGCCGACCGGCUUGCGUUUGCUGUGGGAACAUCUUCGAUCCCAGGUUCCAGGAGGACAUCUCGGUCCGAUGAUGAUGGUCCCUUCGAUGCUGACGCCUUGCUUGGGGAGCCCGAGUCCCGGGUGACGGGCACCGAGAGCCAAGACUUUGCUAUCCAUGCAGAAUCGGCCGGUCUCAGGCCGCGUAAACGACCGCAGGAAGCAGCCAACGACCUUGUGAGAUCUCAUACGCGCUCGUAUAAGGCCUCUCAUACGCGCCGCGUGACUCCCUUUGCCCACCCCCCUCUCACCCCCAGCCCCAUAUUCGUCCCCGGUACUGGCGAUCGGUCCGGCACGGCUACCCCGAUCCCCGAUGACCAGGAAUAUAUCCCGCGGCCCCAUUCAUACAAGGGCGGCAUUCUGGGCAACUUGCUCAAGUUGUACAACACAGACGAGAAGAACGGCGGGCUAGGUAACGAGCCGACUGGUCCAAGCACCCCAAGCUGGACACCCAACCGCACACCCAACCGGACACCGUCUAGUACCCCCCCUACCUCGAGGCCAGGAACCCCGCGCGGUCGGCCCGGGCUGGGGUCACGGUCUUUCUCGGGUAGCACACUGGCGGGAUUGAUGGAGUCAUCCUUCAUAUUUGCUGCUCCUGCAUCCAAUGACAUCUCUGGGGCCGUCUCUAACAAGUUAAAGCAAGAAAAGGAACGAACAAGGAAACGGUCAAAGUCAAGACAGAACCUCAAAGAAUUCCGCAUCACCAAGCACAUAGCCGAAAUAAUCAGCCGGCAUCAGUACCUGCUGAAACUAUGCUACGCCUUGAUGAUGUAUGGCGCCCCAACCCAUCGUCUCGAGGCUUAUAUGACCAUGUCGGCUCGUGUUCUCGGCAUCGAGGGCCAGUUCUUGUACCUGCCCGGCACCAUGAUCAUAUCUUUCGACGACAGCAACACGCACACCACGGAGGUCAAGAUUGUGCGCGCCCCGGGGGGCCUCGAUCUUGGCCGUCUGCGUGACGUACAUGAGAUCUACAAACAGGUCGUGCACGACCUCAUGGGCGUCGAUGAAGCCACAACCAAGCUCAAGGAGGUCAUGGGCAGGCAGCAGAAGUUUGUGGUGUGGUUCCGAAUACUGCUUUUCGGGUUAGCGUCCGCAUUCGUCGCCCCGUUCGGCUUCGAGGGCCGCUACGUCGACAUGCCUAUCUGCUUCAUACUUGGCUGCAUGGUUGGAUUCCUGCAGCUGCGGCUCGCACCCGCCAACGAGCUGUACGCCAACGUCUUCGAGAUUACGGCCGCAGUCUUCACCUCAUUCCUCUCGCGGGUUUUCGGCUCGAUACAAGGCGGGUCCAUCUUCUGCUUCUCGGCCCUGGCCCAGUCGUCAAUAGCCCUGAUCCUGCCCGGUUACCUCGUUCUCUGUGCGAGUCUGGAACUCCAAAGUCACCAAAUCAUAUCCGGGUCUGUGCGCAUGGUCUACGCACUCAUCUAUUCUCUCUUCCUGGGCUACGGGAUAACGAUUGGGUCCGUCAUAUACGGGUAUAUCGACGAAAACGCCGUUAGCGAUGUCCACUGCUCGACGAGGGAGGAGUGGUAUUACCAGAGGCCCGGCCAAAACUACUAUCUUCUCUUCGUCUUGCCCUUCACGCUGUGUUUAUGCGUGAUAAACCAGUCCAAGUGGAAGCAGACCCCGGUUAUGGUGUUUAUUUCCUUGGCUGGAUACUGCGUCAGCAGCUUUUCGGCACGGUACUUUAAGGGGACCAGCACGCUCUCGAGCUCGCUCGGCGCCCUCUGCAUCGGAGUCUUGGCGAACCUUUACUCCCGGUGCGGCCGCUACGUGCAGAACCAGAUGCUGGACAUCUGGGAGCGAUAUAUCGAGCCCCGAGCUCAUCUGUUCACUGGGAAGAAGAAGCGGCGCGCUAACUUCUACUCGGUGACUGUCGACUCGGACGAUCUAGACGUCGAAAUAGGUCGCGAGAAGACCAACAGCAGCACCACGCCUCUCACGAAGCAUGCCCGCAGGGUUGGAUACGGAUUGGCAGCGGCCGCCAUGCUGCCUGCUAUCUUUGUGCAGGUGCCGUCGGGCCUGGCCGUGGGCGGCUCUCUUUUGAGUGGCGUGACGAGCGCGGACCAGAUCACGCGCAACGAGACACUCCUGGCCAACGGCACUGUCAUCAACGGCUCGUAUACCACGACACAGACGACCGACUUGAACAGCACGUCGUUCAACGUUUUAUUCAGCGUCAUCCAGGUAGCCAUCGGCAUCUCGGUCGGGCUUUCUCUCAGCGCUCUGAUCAUAUAUCCAUUUGGCAAGCGGAGGAGCGGGCUCUUCAGUUUUUGA